GGAGAAGUAGGACAAAUCCCUGAUAACCUUGUCCUCAUAAAAAACAGGAAAAACAGCCUGCAUUAUACUGUAUGUAAAAUGUACAUGAAGCAGCGCCAUGUCCGCUGUGGGGCGCACCAGCAACUAAUCUGAACCAUAUGAGAAAGUAGAUGGAAAUAUCAUUCGCUUUAUUUUUUCCCCUACCCGUAUUCAUACAAAUCCCGCCUACUACUCUUGGAUUGGUUCAUACCUAGCUAGAUGAGCGGGUAGUAUAUGUUCAGCGAAUUGUAAUCAAAGAACGUUGAUAUCACCACCCAAUCGUAGAGCAGGAGGCGGGACUUGUCGGAAUACGGAUGUGGAAACAUAAUGCCGCACUCACCCUGCCGUUCCCGGAGCAACAGGGAAAAUGGCAGCCCUCACCACCCUCACUCAGCUGUCGAGUGGGAACCCAGUGUAUGAAAGUUUUUACAGACAGGUCGAUCCAGGAAACACAGGGAGGGUCAGACCUACAGAGGCUGCUUUGUUUCUGAAGAAAUCAGGCCUGCCGGAUAUCACUCUGGGAAAGAUCUGGGACCUUGCUGAUCCUGAUGGAAAAGGUUUCUUGGACAAGCAGGGAUUUUAUGUCGCUUUACGGCUCGUGGCCUGUGCGCAGAGCGGUCAGGAUGUCUCUCUUACAAGUUUAAACCUCACCGUCCCUCCUCCGAAAUUUAAGGACUCCAGUAGCCCGUCAUUAAGUGGUGCUUCAACAACGGACAGCCAUUGGGCCGUUAGACCUGAAGAGAAAAGCAAGUUUGAUGGUAUUUUUGACAGUCUUGUGCCUGUAAAUGGAUUACUCUCUGGAGAAAAGGUCAAGCCAGUUCUUAUGAACUCAAAGCUGCCAGUGGAUGUGCUAGGAAAGGUUUGGGAUUUGAGUGAUAUUGAUAAAGAUGGGCACCUGGACAAGGACGAGUUUGCAGUGGCCAUGCACCUGGUGUACCGUGCUCUGGAGAAAGAGCCUGUUCCCUCUGUUCUGCCCUCCUCCCUCAUCCCUCCAUCCAAACGCAAGAAGUCUGUGGGCUCCUUAUCCAGCAUGACACCUGUGAUGCCAGGAAGCCCACCUCCUCCUAAAGACAGCCUGCGAUCCACACCAUCACACGGCAGCAUGAACUCGCUGAACAGCGCCGGGAGUCUGUCACCUAAACACACACUCAAAUCCACACAGCACUCUGUGAACUGGGUAGUGCCAGCGGCAGACCGAGGACGCUACGACGACAUCUUCCUCAAAACGGAUGUCGACCUUGACGGCUUUGUCAGCGGUCAAGAAGUGAAAGAGAUCUUUAUGCAGUCUGGCCUUCCACAAAACCUUUUAGCACAUAUAUGGGCUUUGUCAGACACACGGCAGAUUGGCAAGCUGAGCCGAGAGCAGUUCGCACUGGCCAUGUACUUCAUUCAGCAGAAAGUGAGCAAAGGAAUGGAUCCUCCUCAGGCCCUGACCCCAGACAUGAUCCCUCCAUCCGAGAGAGGAACCCCUAAUAUGUCAGGGUACAUGACGCCCGUGGGCUCGGAGAUGGUAGCCCUGACUGAAAUGCGCAGAGACAGCUCCAGCUCUGUGGGGUCUGGUGAAUUUACAGGAAUUAAAGAGCUGGAUGAUCUGAGUCAGGAGAUUGCUCAGCUGCAGAGGGAGAAAUACACACUGGAGCAAGACAUCAGGGAGGCAGAGGAAGCCAUCAGACACAAAACUACUGAGGUUCAGGAAAUGCAGAAUGAUCUGGACCGAGAGACGUGCAGUUUGCAGGAACUGGAGGCCCAGAAGCAGGACGCUCAGGACCGACUGGACGAGAUGGACCAGCAGAAGGCCAAGCUGGAGGACAUGCUCAAUGAAGUACGACAGAAGUGCCAGGAGGAGUCCCAAAUGAUCUCAUCACUCCAGAGUCAGAUCCAUUCUCAGGAGUCAGACCUGCUGAACCAGGAGGAGGAGCUGAGUCGGGCUAAAGCGGACCUGUCCAGGCUACAGCAGGAGGAGAGCCAGCUGGAACAGAGCCUACAGGCUGGCAAGAUCCAGCUGGAGACCAUUAUCAAGUCCCUGAAGGCCACGCAGGAUGAGAUCAACCAGGCUCGCAGCAAGCUCUCUCAGAUCCAGGACAAUCAGCAUGAAAUAAGCAAAAGCAUUGAACAGUACAGCAGCGCUCUGAACGGCACACAUGGAGGCAGCAUGACUAACCUGGCCGACAUGAGCGAGGGGUUCCCUGACAAGGAGAACGGGGGCUUCGGGGUCAUGGAUGACCCAUUUAAAGUGAAGACGAGUGUGUUCAGCACAAACUCUCAGGAGAUGCACACAGACCCCUUUCAGUCUGAAGAUCCUUUCAAAUCCGACCCUUUUAAAGGUGAUCCCUUCCAGAAUGAUCCUUUUGCCAAGCAGCCUCCCACAGCAACAGAUCCAUUCGGCGGAGAUCCGUUUAAAGAGACGGACCCUUUCAAGAGCACUUCAGAAGACUUCUUUAAGAGGCCGGCCAAGGCUGAUCCCUUCACCAGCUCGGACCCUUUUAGUAAAAGUGCUACUCUUCCAGUAAAGUCUCAUCACUUCUCGAGCAGUGACCCCUUCGCCUCCACCAGCCCCAAACACAAAGGCUCAGACCCAUUUGGGACUCUAGACCCUUUUGGAAGCAGCUCAUUUGGCAGUAACAGUGGCUUUGCUGAUUUCAGUCAGAUGUCAAAGCAGAGCUUCACUGAUGACCCCUUCAACCAAAACCAGGAUACUCCAGCUCUCCCGCCCAAGAAGACCAUACCGCCUCGGCCCAAGCCUCCCAGCGGCAAAAGCACUCCAACUAACCUAUCCGGAUCUGUGGAUUCAGCCAAGUCAAGCGAUCCCUUCCAGCCCUUCGGCUCUGACGCUAACGACCCGUUUCAGAGUAAAAAGGGGCUCGGGGACCCGUUUAGUGGCAAAGAUCCUUUUGCUCCAUCUGCUUCAAGUAAAGCCACUAAAGAUUCUUCCUUGGGUUUUGCAGACUUCAGCUCUUUUGGGAAUGAGGCGCAACAGAUGGAGUGGGCCAAGCGAGAGAGCGAGCGAGCUGAGCGCGAGAGGCUGAAAAGACUCAGGCAGCAGGAGCAGGAGGACCUGGAACUGGCCAUUGCGCUCAGCAAAGCUGAGAUGAACAACACCUGAAUGCUGGCUUCUCCCUCUCACACACCAUCUUUACAUCACUGCAGCAGAGGAAAGAGUGUGUGCGAGUGUGUGCGAGUGUGUGCGAGUGUGUGCGAGUGUGUGCGAGAGCGCUGGAGAAUGAGUGAGAUGUGUAUGAUGUGAGGAAAGGUUUUUAAUGUUUUAAACAUCUUUUACUUUUUAAUGUAAUGAUGGGGCAACCCGUGUGUUAUGUGAAUGGGCUCGUGCAUUCUACAUGCACUGCAUUAACCUGCACUACUCUGACACAAUUUAUUUAAAGUGUGUGUGUGUGUGAGAGAGAGAGAGAGAGAGAACCUGUGAAUGGACUCAUCCAUAGUGAUUUUAAUCAGGAAAAAGAACAUUCACACACAUUCCCACUUUACCCCAAAGACAUGUUUGGUGUCUCUCGUUUGUAUCUUUAUUGUUUUUUUUUUUAAAUUGGUUUUAGUAAUAGAUGACUAUAUCACUAAAAUCUUUUGUGUAAAUAUUGUCCAUGUCCUGGCCUUCAGUGAUGUCACCCAGACGUGCUGAUGUGGUUUAGGACAUCUGAGAACAACUGAAAGUUUUCAUAGUUUGGAAUCAUUUAACCCUCCAUAGGCUCAGUAUCUUAAUGCUUUAAUACAGAACAAAGCAAACUAGUUAGAGGACUGAACUUGAGGAACCUACAGUCCUCCACGCAGCUCCAUCAACACAGGAAGAGAGAGACCGAGAUCAAGGCAGAUGUGUGUGAGCUGUGAAAAGAAUGAUCCACGCUUAGGUGGUAGAGCUACCGUGGUGCUUGAAAGUUUGUGAACAUAAAACACUGAUCAGAUUUACACACAAGUCCUAAAACUAGACAAGGAGAAUCCAAUUAAAUAAACAAGACAAAAAUAUUAUACUUGGUCACUUAAUUAUAGAGGGAAAUGAUCCAAUAUUAAAUAUCUGUAAGUGGCAAACGUAUAUGAACCUUUGCUUUUAGUAUCUGGUGUGACUCCCUUGUGCAGGAAUAACUGCAGCUAAACGUUUCCGGUAACUGUUGAUCAGUCCUUGGAGGAAUUUCGGCCCAUUCCUCAGUACAGAACAGCUUCAACUCUGGGAUGUUGGUGGGUUUCCUCAAAUGAGCUGCAUUGACUUGACCAUUCCAAAACAUUAACUUUAUCCCUCUUUAACCAUUCUUUGGUAGAACGACUUGUGUGCUUAGGGUCGUUGUCUUGCUGCAUGACCCACUUUCUCUUGAGCUUUAGCUCACAGACAGAUGACCUGAUAUUUUCCUUUAGAAAUUGCUGAUGUAACUCUGAAGUCAUUGUUCCAUCAAUGAUGGCAAGCCGUCCUGUCCCAGAUGCAGCAAAACAGGUUCAAACCACGAUACUACCACCAUCGUGUUUCAGAGAUGGAAUAAGGUUGUUAUGCUGGAAUGCAGUGUUUUCUCCAAACAAAACACUUCUCAUUUAAACCAAAAGUUCUCUUUUGGUCUCAUCCAUCCACAAAACAUUUUUCCAAUAGCUUUCUGGCUUGUCCACAUGAUCUUUAGCAAACUGCAGACAGGCAGCAGGGUUCUUUUUUCGAAAGCAGUGGCUUUCUCCUUGUAACUCUGCCAUUCACACCGUUGUUCAGUGUUCUGAUGGUGGACCCAUAAAUGUUAACAUUAGCCAAUGUGAGAGAGGCCUUUAGUAGUGUAGAAGUUACCCUGGGUUCCUUUGUGACCUUGUGGACUAUUACACAUCUUGCUUUUGGAGUGAUACUUGCUGCUGGACCACUCCUGGGGAGGGUCUUGAAAUUCCUCCAUUUGUACACAAUCUGUCUGACUGUGGAUUGAUGGAGUCCAAACCCUUUAGAGAUGUUUUUGUAACCUUUUCCAGCCUCAUGAGCUUCAACAAAUCUUUUUUGUGCUGUUCUUUAAAAAUAGGUCACUGACACCUUAUUGUCAUCCCUUGACUCUAAUUUCACCUUCAAAUUAACUGCUAAUCCUAGAGAUUCACAUGGUUUUGCCACUCACCGAUAUGUAAUAUUGGAUCAUUUUCCUCAAUUAAUAAAUGACCAAGAAUAAUAUUUUUGUCUCUUGUUCAAUUUGGUUCUCUUUGUCUGCUUUUAAGACUUGUGUGAAAAUCUGAUGGUGUUUUAGGCCCUAUUUAUGCAGAACUAUAGAAAAUCCUAAAGGGUUUACAAACUUUCAAGCACCACUGUAUAUGCUCGGGAAAGUGUAGCCUGAUGGAGCUGAGACAAUCCCCAAAAACACACAUGGAGUUCUGUUAGAAGAAGCAUAAGUUGGAGAAAGCUCAUUGGCUGCUGACCUUCAUGGUGGUAGAGUCAUGGAGAGUCACCUUCUUGUUGGCUUGCUUCACAUGCUUCAAAUCUGUGAGAAUUAUCUCCAAGAUUAAUACAGCAUAAUAGACUUUGAGGAAAGUGCUAUCUGCCCUCUUCCACAUGCAUGAGCUCACAGAUGCCCUCAUUGGCUGUUGUUGCUGUUACCGGGGGGUGGGUAUGCCCCUCCCACCCAGCGAGCAUAGCCAGUUUUGCUCCAUUGGAUUCUUCUGAUGAUGGGGCGAAUGAUUUUCCAUUGUGGCCAAAGUGGUCAAGCCCGUUUAACCUUUUGGUUAACCCUUUUACCAACACCUUUGAGACUUCCUAUGUCUGCCAGUUGAAGGUCUGUAGAAAUGGUGGACAAAUUUCAUAUAUAAAAAAGACAAAAGCAAACAUCAGACAUCAAACAUUUCCGGACUACAUGUGGGGUAAAGAGGAAAAUUGUGUACGUUUGAUAUGAGACCAUGCGUUAUUCUGUAACAAUUCUGUAACUCAUGUUCUAAAGAAAAACGUUAAGAUGAAAAUGCUCACAAUUUCUGAAGCCUUUAGUCAGUUCUCUAUUUCCCUGUCACAGACCCUGAGCUGAACUGCGUGGUACGUGACUGGGGCAUAGUAUAACAUAUUUUUUAAAAAAAAGGAUCUGGGAGUCAUAAUAAGUUCUGAUCUUGCCAAGUAUGAAAGGUUGAAAAGAAAAUUCAAUUCCUUUUAUGUUCUGUACCCUUUCUGUGUCUGGCUGAUGCGUAGAGAUGUCAUGCAGAUUGGAAGUGAUUUGACCCUUUCUUCACUUGUGAGAGCAGUGCUGUAUUGUAGGUCUGGUACACACACACACACACACACACACACACACGGAGCUCCCACUCCUGUGCAGGUUUGAAUUUUCUUUGCUGAUUCAGCUCUGCAGCCUGUUCGCAAGAUGUUCAUGAGCUCAUGAUGUGUAGAACUUGAACCUGUGCAGGACUUCAGGAGUGGAGAUGAGAGGCUGUGAAAAAAUCCGUUCAUAUCAUUUUAAUUUUGUUUUAAUUUGCUGUCGAUCACUGAGACGCCUAGCGUUUUUCCCAAACGAAAGCUUAUUUGUUCUCCAUAAGCACAAGCUACUAAAGAUGGUGAAAUCUUGUUACGAUAUUAGUCCUGAUCAUCUUCCAGACUGUGAUUAGAAACAUCAUCUGAACAAAUUCUGCUAACUUCGCCAGUUCCCUGCUUUACCCUUUCAGUAUUAAUCGAGACGUUUCCUGAGUUCUUUUACUAAAACUUUCCUGUAUUUUACUUGAACCGUAUGCUGCCUGCCAUGUUUAAACCUGUGGUUUUAAUAUUUUGAGUUGUUGAAGUGAAUUUGUUCUUGUUCAGACUUUCUCACCAUGGACACAUGGACUUUAUAGACUUCCUCGAGCUGAGAACAUUAACUGUUCACCCUUCAGCUGCAGUCCUCUGUGUGGGCCGGAGUAAAGCAACUCGGUUCAGGGACUACUAGAGUUCAAGUAAAGGUGCCACUGAUAUUCAGUGUGCUGUUUAGAAUCACCUGUUAACUGUAACGUAGUCUACUGAAAGACAAAUAUUUUUGGUUUGCUCCUGUAAUACUCCUUUGCUGACUAGGUGUGUUUCCCCCCUCCCCCCUUUUCUUUCCUCUUAUGAGUAGGCAUGUGCAGAAAAUUGAUAUCGUUAUACAAAAGGUAAAGAAUAAAACACUUGUAGACAUUCUGUUUUUGGAAAAUAAUCAACAUUGAGGUGGUUGACACAAAGUCCUACAGCAGCACACCUUUUAAUUGUUUUUUCCCCCCCUUUUAUACCACAGCAGCUUGCCAACAAUUACAACUUUAUUUAUUGAAGAAUAGCAUGUCAUACUUUUUAGGCCAUUUAUAGCUGUUUUAAUGUUGUGGUACAUCCAUGAAACAAGUUCCUGUUGUCACCUUUUUUUAGCAGCUAUAUAAAAAAAAAGUUCCCUAACCCUUUCCCUUUCUCUUAAAGUUAAUAAGAAUAAAAACACUUUGUAAUAUUACUGAGGAACCUCAGGACAUAAAUUCCUCAAAAAGAUGCGUCAGAAAAGAUACAGCUUUAUCACGGACCGUUACAAAAUUUUGACACCGGAGACUCCUUCCAUAAACGUCUCCGUACAGAAAACUUCAUAACAAUAAUUCUGUACGUUUUUAGGAGCAUCAGCCAUCAAGUCCCUGUGUAAGAUGUUACUAUAGAAACAAUAAUGUGUUCGAAUGAGCACAUUAAUAUAAAACUGUGAUUUGCAGUUGCACUACUGUCUGAUCUGUUCUAGAAAAUUUAUAAUUUUCUGAUCAAUCAGGAUCCAGAGUUCAAGAUUAGACAGCUCCAGGAUCAGCACAUGCCUAUUCAGAAGCAGCAACAUGACACUUUUAUUUUAGCAUUAACUUAACAAUGUUACUGUAUUCGUCUGGAGGAGCUGGGUUUUUUUUGUUUGUUUUUUUUUUUUCCUAAAUCCAGAUGAACCUUCUCUGAAAAUAUUUCAAUACAGAAAGUUAGGUUCUGUUAAUAGUUUACACCAUCUUUAACUCUUAUUCAAUGUGGAAUUUUUUUUUGUUUUUGUUAGUUUUUGUAUUUCCAUUAUUUUCUCUUUUUUAUUUUUUGGGAGCUAAAUAACACGAUGCCUCACAUUUCAAUGCCCACUCGUGCUGUAUUCGUCUUUGUUACCUCCAUUGUGCAAUAGUUUGUAUAUUUUUAUUUGUGUACUGAAAUACCUGUAAACUCAUUUUAACUCUUAUUUCUUUAUGAAAAAUGUGGGUGUUUUAAAUGCCUGUUCAUGUCAAAGCAAACGAUUCACCGAUCUCGCGCUGGUUGCGCUCUUUUCGGCCUGCCUUAUUCCCUCGCCUCUAGACAACGGACAGACCAAAUUAUUAAUCACCAUACUGAAAUGCAUUUAUAAAAAACAUAAGUACAUAAUGUAUAUCACGUUAUAUUUGUCUUAUAAAAAAACAACAAAUAACUCCAAAUGUGUAACUGGAUGCAUUUAAAAAGAUUCCAGAAAUUAAUAGUCACUAGAAAAGCUUGGGUUUAUUUGAAGAUGCCAAUGCUUGCUAUGUGGUCCUUUUGUUUCACAGAAUAAAAUAUACACCAUUUCAGAUACA